AGCAUUUAGAAGUCUUCACCAGGGGACCUCUGUGCAAACCAGAACUUCUUCCCACAGCAGCAUCCGACAGAGAUGAAGUGCAGCCAACUCUUCUCCUGGGCCUUUGUGCUUGUGGCCUCUGGCCCCCUGCUGGCGCACCCCAUCACAGAAUCUGCUGAGAUCCCCUAUCCAGGACCAGCCUCAGCGGAGGAUCGAGUUAUCGGCACGCUGGGUGACGAGUCUCUUCCCGAGCAAAUGUUUGCUCCUCAGGAUGGUGCUGGUCUCAGAUAUUCCACUUUUAUAUCUGGGGAACUUAACAGAGAUGGUGUCAGGACAACCAGUCUGCUACCAAGAGGAGUCAACAGAGAGGUCUUAUUAGAGAAGCAAAGUCUCCUGAAGCCUUACAGCCGAUUGCUGGGCAUCCGCAAGCAGUUCAGGAAGAGAAACGACAAUUCUGAGUGUUUCUGGAAGUACUGUGUCUAAAACCCGACCAAUAACUGGCAUUUUUGCCUUACACUAUAUGCCGUGUUUAUUCUGAAAGAAAACAUAUUCCUGACAAACAGUUAAAGGGCAGAUAAAACCAGCUGGAAACACCAUGCAUGCAUAAAUUACACGACU